UAAUAAAUUGUACUCAUCCAGCGUUACUUUGAGCGACGGUUGUUUUUGUGUUGUUAGACCAUCAGAAAAACACUUGCUCAUAAUGAUUUAUCUUCCUUCGUCGUCUUUAGUAUAAUUUCUAUGAGAUGAAUAAAAAUUAUCCUCGUGAAAUACACAUCCAAAAUGGGAAAACUAUACACAACCGAAGUGCUUUGAGUAAUGGUAAAAAAGAAAAUAGCAAGUUAGAACGAAAUGUAACUAUCCACUGGUGCGAAUCUGAAAUGUCCUACCAUGAGCUGUCUCGUGAGUAUACCGGGGUCGACAUACGCAAUAACGAAUUACAAAACAAUAGUUAUCUCGCUGCACCUGGUGGUCAAUUAAGACCCGCAAUCUCAGAAGUAGAAGGGUUGGACAGAUACGCCAAACAAUGCUUGGAAGAAAGGUCUGAAACACCACCUGAAAAAAAUAGUCAUAUGAAUGGUCAUUCAACCAAAUCGGAUGCUAAUCACGUUUCUACAGAAUCGUUUUCCUCAUUUAAAAAGCACUCUGUUCUUAAAAAUGAUCAAAAAAAUGUACAAAAGCAGCCAGAGAGCCUGACAGUUUUUGAGAAAUUAUGUCAGAAGUUUUCUAAAGAUGCAACUUAUAAGAAUGAAAUACGUGCUGGAAAACGUCUAGGAUUUUAUCGAUUUGUUCUGGAUAUUGGCAGAGGAAACUUUUCAAAAGUCAAGUUGGCACUUCAUAGUUUAGUUAAUAUCGAGGUUGCAGUCAAAGUCAUUGACAGAACUAAAUUUGAUGAGAAAACUCGACGUCUACUUUCUCAAGAACUAACAAACAUGGAACGUUUACAUCAUCCACAUAUAAUUCGUGCAUAUGAAGCACAUGAGGUAUUACAACGUUGGCAUUUAGUUAUGGAAUAUGCGCCUAAAGGAGAACUUAAUUCAUAUUUAAAACGUUCUGGUCGAUUGGAUGAAAAAACAUCGAGAAACUAUUCUUCACAAAUACUUUCAGCUCUUGAUCAUUUACACAAUAAUGGUGUGGUCCAUCGAGAUCUAAAGGCAGAGAAUGUUUUCAUCGUCAAUAACAUGUAUGUUAAACUUGGUGAUUUCGGCUUUUCCAAAUGUGUGGCUCCAGAUGCUGCCUUGACAACGUUUUGUGGCUCUCCGCCAUACGCUGCUCCUGAGUUGUUUGUUGCGGAUUCUUACACAGGACCAGCUGUGGAUCUUUGGGCUCUUGGUGUUCUCAUAUUUUAUAUGGUAACCGGAAGUUUACCUUUUAAAGCGGAUAGUUUACACAAAAUUAAACGUUUAAUCUUAUCAAAUGAUUACCGAAUCCCGGCCUAUGUUUCAGAUGAUUGUCAAACAUUGAUCUCAGGAUUAUUGACGAAUUCUGUUGAACGCAGAUAUACCGUAUCUCAGGCGAAAAGUUCCCUAUGGUUCAACGAUAUCGACUGGCAGCAUUUAAUGAAGCAUACAGAUCCUACUCCUGAUGAAAUUGAUGAUGCAUCUGCUAGGUAUCUAUUGAAAAAAUGGUGGGAUGUAGACUCUUAUGAAUUGGACAAAGCAUUAAGUGAAGGCCCUAAAAACAAAUUAACUGGUAUUUAUCGUAUUCUUCGUAGCAAAGGUUUACAAUACAAGAAAGAUCCUACCUUACCAGAUCAAAAAUAUAAAAAUAAACGUGGUCGAGUUAAACGUAAUGGUUCUUGUAGUACCGGUAAAAGUAAACCACGACCAGCUAAUGUACCACAUAAAGAAUUAACAACUGUUGAUUUAAGAGAUCAAAAAUCUAUGAAAAACGCUGAAAACUCUACACGAACUUGUAACAUUUUGUAAAAAAUGUAUAAUUAAUUUUUUAUUUUAUUUCCACAUUCACUCAUUCAUUGUUUUUUUAACUGUAAAAAUUUUAUUUCUCUUUGUUGUUUGUUUAUAUUAUUUACUCUAUGAUUAUUUCGGAUAGAAUACAGGUUAAUACUAACUAUUAUGUAAUCUAAAGCAUUACAUUAUAUUGAACCUAUUUCUCUGAUACAUUUUUUUUCUUAAAGGUGUUAUCAAUAAUUUUACAUUAAUUUGGUUUAACUUCACUGAUUAUUUGUACGAUGAAAAAUAUCGUUUUGAUAAUAAAUAAUAAUAAUAAUUCAUUAUUAUAUAUUAAUUUAUAUCACAUGUCUUUCUAUUGUUGGUAUUAUUUGCACUGCCUAAUAUUAUGUUUCUUAUUCUUUCUAACUUAUUGUUUGUUUGUUUUUACAAUCAUUAUUUUAUUUUUUCAAAAUUAAAAGAAACUUAAUUUUCUAUUGUUUUUCAAUAAACUUUUUUUUGGUUAUCAAUAUUAGUUUUUGAUUGUUAUAAACAUGUAAAUCUAUUUCUAGAAGAAGAAAAAAAAUUCACUAAAUAUUUCAAUAAUAAUUAAUCAUUUCUAUUGUUAUUAUAUAAAUUAAUAUUUAAUUGUUCAAUUUCUAUUCAAUCAUUAUUAUACACAAUACAUUCACACGCAUACAUACAUACAUUCAUGAUGUUACAUGAUGAUUGGUUGUGACAUAGUGAUUAUUCUUUGAUUGGUUGAUACGAUUGAUAAUAAAUCGAUUGAUCAAUUUAUUGAUCGAUUAAUUGUGUUUUUCUUUUUUUUUUUAAUAAAUAUUAUGAUUCAUUUAGUUAACUGACCUAAACAUUAAAUUCUUUUGAUUGAUUAAUCAUCUAUUUGCAAUAUAUCUAUACAUAUAUAUGUUAGUUUAUUUUUGAUUUUUUCUUUUUUUUAAUUCUUUCUUAUGGUUUCACUUUUUUUAUGAUUAUUGUUAGUAGUUGAUUUUAUUGUAUAUUUUUUUUAAAAAAAAACAAAAAAAUUUCCUCCAUUUUCUAAUAUGUUUCUUUUUUUCUAUCAAGUUAUUCUAUGAAUUAAAUUUUAUAAUGAAUAUAUUAUUAUUUUUUUUACUGAUUUUAUGUUAUUAAAAUGACAAUACUUAUAUAUAUAUAUAUAUAUAUA